AUGACCCGAACGGACCCGCCUGAUCUUCUGGUGUCUACGGUGUAUCAGGACAUCAAGGUGGCUUCUGUCAACCCCUCCCGUUCUGCCUUCUACCAGCCCAUGAGGCAAUGUGAUACCUCCAUGUCUUCAUCCUCAGAGACCCACCCCCAGCACUUCAACAAACGGCACUGCCGCAGCUUUGACUUCCUGGAGUCCCUGGACGAACCACCCCCCACCCCGCCUGCCAUGCAGCGCUCCUCCCGACGACCACCCACUCCAGAACCAUCUUCUGCUCCUGUUGGCAAGAAGGCUUCGGUCAGGACAGCUGCUGCAGAGGCUCCUGUCAGCAAGCCCUACUCCCGAGGGAGAGAGGCUCCGAAGGAAUCGGCCCCUCGAGGGGAGCCCAAGAGGAGAGCCAGGUCUAAGAGUGCCCCUCGAGUCAAAACCGCCUUCACCCCAAUUGCCAUCCCAAUGUCCUCUUGCUCACCCCCAGCACCAGCCAGGCGGGGACGUGAUGUCCAGCGAGUCUCCCGAGAGCCUGAACGAAUUGAGCUAUCUCCACGUCGAGAGGGCGGCUAUCCUUCCAUGAAGGCCCUGAUGAACGAAGUGCAUCCUAUCAAGCUGCAGCCUCAGCGCAGCAGCGGUCGCCGGAUCUCGCCCCUCUGUGUUAGUGGUGCCAACUGCUAUGAGGAGGCAUCAGCCGUGCGGCCCCUGCCACAGAGCGUACACGUCAAACGCCGGGUGGACAUCAAGCCAGAUGAGGCAACAGUGAUGCAUGCUGCCCGCAGCAGCAAGGCCUCUCAUGCCCACAUGGAGGCCCUGCCACCCUGGCCUAGGCCUCCUGGUGCUGCCCACAGCUUAAUAGUGCCUGGCAGCCGACAAAUGUCCAUGUCACGGACUCCCACACCCAGCGACACCUAUAGUGGGGAACACCGAGUCCUGGCACCAUACCCCGCUGAACUUUAUGAUGGAGGCCAAGCCUUGCCAGAAGGUGGCUGCAUCCCCUUCUCCCCAUAUGUGCCAACCAAGUUCUUCUACACUGAAGAGCCAGGCAGCUACCCUCUGAAAAGCUCUGGCUAUGAGGGAUACCCUCCCCAGUAUGGGGGCCAUGUCCUCCCACCACAGCCCUUUUAUGGGGAAGAGUCUCCCAAAAGUAGCUUCCAUGCUUUCCCUUCCAGGACGUUUUUUGUGGAGGAGAACAGGCCUUAUCCCAUCCAGGAGGCCCCCACCAGGACAUACUAUGGGGAUGAUUCCCGCUUUUACACUCCCAGGACUCCUCCCAUGAAAGCUGUUUACGCCGAAGACCCCAGGGCUUACCCUGCCUUGAGGUCCAACCCCCGCGUCUUCUAUGCAGAGGAUUAUGGGAAAUAUCAUGAGCGGGAAGUCAUGUCCAGAACCUACCCAUAUCCACGCAAUACUCAGCCCAUGCAGUUCAAUGACUGGUACUGCCCCGACAGAGGGGCACUGCCAUACCAGACAUGGCAGAUGUCCCGUUUCACUCCCCACCAACCUGGGCCCCAAGCAAUGUUGUCCUCCUGGCAUGCCAGCUACAGCGCCAGCCCUCCCCGGCUUGGCACAGACACACGUCACUAUUCCAAGUCCUGGGACAAUAUCCUGACUCCCCAUGUGCGCCGGGAGGACCCCAUGUUGCGUGGGCGCAGCUACGAGAACCUGUUGGCCCGGGAUCCACACCGUGCCUUAUCCCCCGAUGACCGACGCCAGCCGGUGGUGGUCAAUCUGUCCACUUCACCCAAGCGCUACGCUGCGCUUUCUCUCUCUGAAAACUCCCUCAUCGAGAAGAUGCACGUUGAUGGUGGGCGUCACGGCUGGUUUGUUACCCCGGAGAUCACUAUCACCGACAACGACAUCCGAGCCAAUGGUUUCUGUAAAACAGAUAGACGCUCGGCCAGCUGGGAUGUCAUGGAUUCGGGUGAUGCGCGAGACAGGGGUUGCAUCCAAGCCCGGCCCUACAUUCCGGAUCCCGGCACCAAAGACAGUGCUGCCCGCCAGCGUAGCCUGGAGCAGCUGGAUGAGCUUAUCACGGACCUGGUCAUUGAUUACAAACCCCCUUCUGCUUGCCCGUCUAGUGAGGUUAGCAACUUGGCUGACCAGCUGCGGCGGCUGAUAAGUGAGGGCAUGGCGCUGCCUGCCAAGAAACCAGACCCAUGGAAAGUGGUGGAGCCCCAUCCCACCAAAGAACAGCCUGGCCCCAGCUCAUUUCACGCUGAGCUUCGUAAGGAUCAGGGGAGGCGCCCUGCCGACAUGGCGGUGUCGGCCGGCCCGUUUGAGAAAGUGUUGGACGACUGCUCGCCAGACCUCAGCGCUGACGAGGAUGACGUGAUGAUGUGUUCCAACGCUAAGUGCCGCCGGACAGAGACCAUGUUCAACGCUUGCCUCUACUUCAAAUCUUGCCACAGUUGUUAUACUUAUUACUGCUCCCGUAACUGCCGACGAGAGGACUGGGAUACCCACAAGGAGAGCUGCAUCUAUGGACGGAUCGGCAGCACGUGCCGUCAUGUGCUGCAGUUCUGUCGAGAGUGCGGGGAAGUGCACAAGGCCUUCUCACGCAUUGCUAAGGUGGGCUUUCUCUCCAGGGGGCGUGGGGUACUCUUUUUGGGUUUCCCCAAUGCGGGCUCCGCUGAGAACUUCCUGCAGUUUGGCUUGGAGAGUUUGCUGAUGUCACCCACUUACCUGUCACUGCGGGAACUUGAAAGUUACUCCGACAACCUCGGGGACUAUGCCCGGGAGCUUCGGGAGGCUGGCCAACAGUACGACCCAGAUGAAUGUUUCCUCCUGAAUGUAACUGUGGCUGUUGGACAGAAGGUCCCCGAGAGGCCAUCCCCCAAGGUGCAGGUGCCAACAGUCAGGAAGUAUGCCAAGGUAGCCUUAGCAUCCUCAAGUCCUGAAAAGAAGAUCCUGAAGAAGGAGCGGGAUAUGGAAACGCUAAUCCUGACACCUCCUCCUGGCACAGCUGACAUAGACAAAGAGGGCGAGGAAGGGCGCAAAGCCCGCGAGGUUUGUUUCAUUAACAUCCAGCGGGAGCUGCGCAUCCGUGGAGUCUUUUUACGGCAUGAAUUCCCUAAGAUUUAUGAGCAGCUCUGUGAAUUCGUGGAGAGUAACAAACGCUUCACACCCACCACUAUCUACCCCAUUGAUAAGAGGACUGGCAAGCAGUUCAUGUGUAUGAUCAUGGCAGCAUCUGAGCCACGUACUCUUGAUUGGGUGGCGAGUCCCAACCUCCUCGACGACAUCAUGUGAUCCUACUGCUGCCACCAAUCUCUCUUCCAUC